GCACUCGGCGGCGGGCGGGCGCGCGGCUGCAGCUGUAGCUCCAGCGCCAGGAGUUGGAGUUGCCGGGAGUUUCCCCCCCCCCCCCUCCCCACCCCGCCUCCCUCUUGGCGCGCGGCAGCGGGAGCCGGCGCGGGAGCCGCGAGCGGCGCCGAGCCAGCACCCGGGCCGGCGGAGCCUUGUCCGGAGCCCGGAACCCCGCGCGGGGCAGCCCCCGGGGAGGAGCCUCGCCGGCUGGGACGCGUGCCACUCACUGGCACUGCCGGCGCUCGAGCCCGGCUGCAAGAAAACUCGCUGUGCGCCCUCCUCGACUGUUCCGCAAUGAGUGCCAAGUCUGCCAUCAGCAAGGAAAUUUUUGCACCUCUUGAUGAAAGGAUGCUGGGAGCUGUCCAAGUCAAGAGGAGGACAAAGAAAAAGAUUCCUUUCUUGGCAACUGGGGGUCAAGGCGAAUAUUUAACAUAUAUCUGCCUGUCAGUGACAAACAAGAAACCCACACAGGCGUCCAUCACGAAGGUCAAACAGUUUGAAGGCUCCACGUCAUUCGUGCGGAGGUCACAGUGGAUGCUUGAGCAGCUUCGCCAGGUUAAUGGCAUCGAUCCUAAUCGGGAUUCUGCAGAAUUUGAUCUGUUGUUUGAAAAUGCAUUUGACCAGUGGGUGGCCAGCACAGCUUCAGAAAAAUGCACCUUCUUCCAGAUCCUCCACCAUACCUGCCAGAGGUACCUCACGGACAGGAAGCCCGAGUUUAUUAACUGCCAGUCCAAACUCAUGGGAGGAAACAGCAUCCUCCAUUCGGCAGCCGAUAGCGUGACCAGCGCCGUACAGAAAGCGAGCCAGGCCUUGAACGAGCGUGGGGAGCGGUUAGGCCGAGCAGAGGAGAAGACGGAAGACAUGAAGAACAGCGCCCAGCAGUUUGCGGAAACUGCACACAAGCUCGCCAUGAAGCACAAAUGUUGAGAAGCUGCCUAUCUGGGUGAUGACCCUCUUAAGAGAAAUGGAAGAGCUCAGCGGUUUUUACAAGAAUUCCAGACCUCUGCUUGCUUCUUUUUUUCCAAUAUAUGGACUUAGGUUUUUUUGCUUUGCCUUUUCAGAUGUUAAUAUGAAAGAAUAGAUGUUGUGUUGAUACAUUUCACUAAUGAUUGUGCUAAGAAAGGCUGCAGCAGGCAUCAGCUUCAUUUGGUUUUUGUUUUGCUCCACUGUGUGUAUAUAUGUCUUUAGGUGUGGGGGUUUUUUUGUUUUAAGGUGUUUUGUUUUUUUUUUUUCGGUAGUUUGAAUAUAAAAUUAGGACCAAAUGAUAUCCAGAGUUGGGUCUAAACUGACAACAUGUAUUCUUUUUUUCUUGAUAUUAAGGCAGAGAGGGGUGCCUGGCUGGCUCAGUUGGUAGAGCGUGCGACUCUUGAUCUCGGGGUCAUGAGUUCAAACCCCACAUUAGGUGUAGAGCUUACUUGAAAAAAAAUUGCGAUAUUAAGCCAGAAGACCUUUUAAUAUGGUAACAUGAGAUGUUCCUAGAUGGAAAUUAGAGUCAAGCAGUGAUUGGUCUCUUGGUCUCCUAGCUGCUCUUAAAUUUGAAGGUUAAGAUUCUAUAUCUUGAAACAUUUUAUGAAAUGUUUUGAAAUAUCUUGAAACAUAUUAUGGAAAACAUUUGGAUUUAUCGGGGGAAACAGCAGUCUUAGAUUUUGCUUUUUAUGUAGUAAUUUCUUGCAUGAGCCAUCACCAGCACUCAAAAAAAAAACAAAUCAAAAUGACAGAAAUCUACUUUCUGAGCUACAGUUUAGGUAUUUCUAGUACUUGUUUCCAGGCUGAUUAUUUGCAAUUAUCAUAUGAAGGGUAAAUAUUUGACAUUAAAGGCCUAAGGAAAAGCCUAUUUAAAAACUUCUGUACAUUCAUAGAUGUCUCUUUCUUUUGUCAUUGUCCCAAAUUACGGCAGCCAGUAUUGCAAAGAGCUUGGAUUUUUAUCAAGAAUUGAUUUGUCCAGAUAAAGGUCUGUGUAAAUGAUAACGUGAAAAGAUACUACAUUUAAAAUCUCUUUUCUUUUUACAAAGUCAUGCCAAUUUUAGAAACACCCUCACAAUAUCCUUGGGAAAUGGCCUUCAGUUUCAUGGUAUCUGAUUUUUGGAGGUUUUGAUGUUGUUAUUGCUAUCUAUUUAUUUAAUGUAAUUUAAAGUGUGGGUGUCUUGACAAAUUGUAUUUCAUGGCAAUUGCAGCUUGCCUGGUCUGACAUAAAACAUGAUCAUGAAGGCUUUACACUGCAGUCAGAUUGAAUAAAGUUGGUUCACACACCUCCUGAUUUUGUAUUACUCCAGGGAGUGCUGGGUUUAGAGUCUGGGAGUUUUGUUUCUUUAAGGGUUUAAUGUUAAAUAUAAAGGUUGUGUUUUGUCUUCAUGAAACAAGGAAGCAAGCACACCCCAGACACAGUCCCAGCCUCCCACUGCAAGGGCAUUGAUUUUUAAGCUGCCUGAAUCUUCAGGAUCCCUUUCUGUUCCUUUCUACCCAUUGAGCCGAUUGAGUCUAUGUAUAUUGUAGCCUCUUACACAGCAGCAGCAGAUGACUUUGGAAUUAUUUAUGCUGAUUUAAAUAGCUUAAGUUCUCCUGAUAAAGCAUUCCUGGGAGACAAAGUUGGGCUUUGGGGGCAAAAAAAUUUAUCUUAGACUGUAUGUGUCAAAAGGGAGAUGGGAUUUGCCAGACACAAAUUUCUGAAUCCUCUUAGGAAGAUGAUCCAGUCCAAGAAAACUCUCUGUAAAAUUAAUAUGGCAAACUACAUAAGUUUAGUACAAGUUUUGUGCUUUUCUUCCAGUGUCUAAAAAGUUCAAAGAAGCCAGGAACUUUCUAUCUGAUGAGCACCAUUAGAUGAGCACCAUUUAUAAUUUCUAAGAAAAGCCCAACGAAUCACUCCAAACAGGUUUUGUUUGCAGACCUCAGCUCAGGAAACACACAUACACACAGAUCUAUUCAUCUUCCAAAGUUGGAUUCUAGCUAGCUAGUUGGUAUAAAUAAUUGAAAGGGUAAAUCUAAAACCUCCCGACAAUUGGCCAAACUCAAAAAUAAAUUUGUUGCCAAGUAUCUAACAAGAGUGUUUGCAGAGCUGCUUCUAAAGGAGCAGAGGAUGAGGUCAUAAGCAUACUGUGAAAUCUGAGAUUCUUCCUCCCCGGUAGAAUUAUGAUAGCCACUCUUCCUAAAUGUAGGUAUUCUAAUCGCGCCCUCCAGCUUCACUCCCUGUUUAUCCUUUUAGACUUCAGCCUUGCCGGAAAUAGCUUGGAUUAGAACGCCUAUCUGGGUCUUUAUUAGCUUCCCCUAUCGAUUUGCUUCCAGGCCAUGGCCAUGCCCUUGACCUCCCUGGGUCAAAGCCCUACCUAGGCCUCCACCUUACAGAGAGGCCAGGACCACAAUCCCCUGUCUUUCCUCUACCUCCUGACCUCUCUCAGAGCUGCCCUGUGAUGACACAUGUGAAGUGCUUCGCUAUCCUCUUGUAGAAGGUGCUGCAAUACAAAAUAUUAAUACAGUCUAGCCUAGAGAAAAUUGCUAAUUCGUCACGUUGUUUGGGACCAAUUUGUUGGGUUGAGCUGCUAGAAGACCGUUUGUUUCAUUUCUGCACUCCAUUUUGGGACACUUUCUUUCUGUGAAGGAGUUCUUCAAUGUACUGACAACACAUAAAGAAAAGCUCCCCAGUAUUACUGCUUCUUCCUGGAACAUAGCUGUAGUUUUCUUCACUAGUAUUAGAUAUCUGUAUGCAGGAUGCAUCCAGUUGUCCAGGUUAAUGUUUCAUAUUAAAGAAUGUAUUUGUAAAAUGUAACAAGAUCAGUAGUGAACUUUUUUUAAGCUCUGAAAAAAUAAAAGAUUGUGUUAGACUUAAAAUUACAGUGAAAUCUGUCUUAAUACUUUUGUGGCUAACAAAGGUUGUGAAUUUAUGUAAAAAUAUUUACAGAAUGCCCUAAAUAAGGGAUAAUAAAGAUAGGUUUUGCUUUUCAGUUUUUAGAAUCGUAACACCGCGGCUGUCUGUUGUGCAGUUAUUAAUUCUUCAGAAGUUUCUCUAGGAUGUCAAAUAUAAUUUUUGUUUCUUUCAGAGACAAAUAACACCUGCUCUAUGAUUCACGAUUACAGUAAGCUCUCAUUUUGUCAUUAAAUAUUUUAACUCUGUGAUGAAA